CAGAUCAACAUGGCGGAUUUCUGGUGGCUAAUUUGAGAUCUCGCUGCUUAGUGAAAUAAAUAAUGUAAAUAAAGCGUUUAUAAAUAUAUAAAUAUAUAUAUUGGUGGAUUUUAUUUAUUUAUCAUUUAUAUUAAUAUCAGAGAAAAGGAACAAAGCUGAAAAUAAACGCUGUGGAUUGUGAGUUUUGAUUUUUAAAGUGUGUGUGUGUGUGAUGGAGUGUGCUGAGGCGCAGCUGCGUGUGUGUGUGCGCGCGUUUGUGAGGAGCAUCUCUACAUCUCGGGAUCAUGCAGAGAUCAGCGAAGCGCUACACACACUCGCACGCUACCUGGAGGGCGGAGCCGCCUCGGCCGGGGUCAGGGCCGAGUUCCAGCGAGUUCAUUACACACACGUCCUGCAGGCGCUGACCACCGCGCUCGCCUCUGAUUGGUUCCACAGUCUGAGUGAGGACAAGCGCAAGGAAUCAUGGGACUUGUUUUUCCUUCGAGGUCCUCCAGACCAGGCGCUGCUGGUGUUACUGGACUCCAUCAGCUCACAGAGUGAGAGUGCAGCUCUGGAGCAGUGUGUGUGUGUGUUGGAGGCGUUCCUCACUGCUGACCGUCUCGGUGCACUCCUGUGGUCUCGGUGUGUGGAAACUGACUUGCGCUGUGACUCCGCCCACCUCCGGGAGGUGGUGUUAAACCGGCUGGCGUCUCUGCCCUCUCUGAUCGCCAACCGCCUGGGCACACACACACCGCCGUCACUGACCGAGCAGCAGUACUACACACACCUCACCCUCCACAUCCUACACACUCUGGAGAGGAUCUGUGGCGCUCUCAGAGCGGGACAGGACUGCUCUCUGAUGUUUGUGUCUCAGCUGUUGGGGAAAGUGUGUAUGCAGGGACACGGAGAGUUGGUGUGUGGGACUCUGGCUCCUCGUCUCUCCUCUCUCACACACUUGGACGCUCUGUGGCAGCGUGUGAGCUGCAGACUGCUGGAGAACAUUCCAGAACGCUGGGUGGAGAGCGUCAUCACACCUCUCAUACACAACCUGCACGGGUCAUCAGCGUUGUCGAGAGUGAUGGGGAAUCUUGUGUUAAAGAAUAAGAAAGUUCAGUUUGUUCUCACUCACAAACUCCUGCUGCUGCAGUAUCAUCACCCGGUGCGGGUGUUGAGGAGUGUGUUGGGGUAUCUGGCACUGGAUAAAGAGAGAAGAGCGCUUCUCAAACAGGUGUUGCGCAGUGUGUGUCAGGUGUGGUGUAACAGCAGUGCAGUGAGACACACUCCAGUGGAACAGCAGCUGUAUGUGAGUAAAUCCCUGCUGCUGUGUGUGAGUGUGCUCCACCACCAUGAGAUACCAGAGCUACGGGAAGACCUGCUGCAGUGCAUGCUGGGAGGAGUGCAGUGUCGGCUGGACAGUGGCGUGGAGCGCGUGCGGAGGAUGGGCAUGGUGGUGGGCGAGUGCAUCAGCCGGAGAUUGGACACGCCCACCUCGCAGCUCAAAUUCCAGUACGAGGCAGAUGAGGAGAGCAGAGAGUUGAUGUCACUGAUGGAGCCUCAGACUAAAGAGGAUGAAGAUGAACAGCAACCACCUGAUGCUACACACAGACCUGAGUCCAAAAGUUCAUCAGGACAGUCAGUGACAUCAUCAGAGCUUCCUACGACCAAUCAGACAUCAGAAGAUGGACCAGGCAGUGAUUCCGAGCUUGACAGUGAUGAUGAGCUCCCUCCAUACGACAUGUCCUCUGAUCAGGUGACGCAGAAGGCGACUCCACCCCGCUACGUCAGAGACUGUCUGGACGCCCUGAUGUCCUCUGAUGACCCAGAGAGGGUGGAGCUGAGUCUACAGGCAGCAGAUGGUCUUCUGAGGAGGAACAUCAGCACCACACAAGAGGUGAGUGUACAGUUCAGUAAAGUGCUGUUACACCUGGAGGACAGGUACAAGACUGCAGGCUUCUACACACUCCGACAGAAUGGCAUGGUGGCCCUGGCUGUCACACACACACAGCCGGUGGUGGAAUAUCUGACUGCUGAGUUUUACUCUCUCAACUACAGCCUGAGACAGAGGCUCGACAUCCUGCAGGUCCUAGCUGUCGCUGCCCAGGAGCUCUCUGAGCCAAUCACAGAGAAGAGGGCGGGGUCACAGUUGGUUGCCGAGGUGACGCCACUGGACAGGUGUGGUGAGGUGGAACAUUGGCGUGAGGUUGUGGAAAAACGCAUUCAGAGUAAGACACGGCGCAUCAGUAAGCUGGUUCGAAACUCAGCAGCUGGUAUCAUCAGUAAAACUCCUCCACAUCAGUCCGGUUCUGCAGCAGCUCCACUGGCUUCUGGUCAAACUUCACAUUGACUUUAAGAUUCUUCUUCUCUCUUUUAAAGCUAUUCACAAUCUCACCCCUUCUUACUUGUCUGAUCUUCUCCAUAUUCAUGUUCCCUCUCUUUCUCUUAGAUCUGCCUCUUCUCUUCAGCUUCUGUUUCUUCUGCUCGUCUCACCUCCAUGGGGCAGAGGGCUUUCUGUUGCUCUGCUCCCCGGCUCUGGAACUCUUUACCUCCAGACAUUCAUAACACUGACUCUCUGUCUAUCUUUAAAUCUAGACUCAGGUCUCACCUGUUUAAGCUUGCUUACUCUUCCUGAAUCUUCCUUGCCCUCUCACACAGUCUCAGUCUCGUCUGUAUUUAGUUUUUUGUGAUUGUUGCUUGUUUUUUGUCGUAUUGUUUCUGUGUGCUUUGUGUUGUAACUUAUUGUUCGGUGUCCUUGAGUGUUGAGAAAGGCGCCUAUAAAUAAAACGUAUUAUUUAUUAUAAUAAUAUUCUUAAUUGUACACACAUUUAUACACAUCUAAACAUAUAAAAUUCUGUAAUGUAUUAAAUACACCAUAAAUGUUCUGGUUAAGUGUGUGUGUGUGUGUGUGUGUGUGUGU